CAGUUUGGGCUUUCUCAGUGUACUGACUACUGAGGGCAAUAGAUUCGAAGAACCCGAUGGGCUUCUAUAGUUGUUGGGCUUUGGAUCAAUGCAAGUCCAGAAGCUGGCAGAUUUUCAGCAGUCCGCCGCCCGAAAUCACAGCCAAUUUCCCUCCCCAUUCCCGACUGCUUCCGGCGAGAGAGCAAAGCAGAGCAAGGCGGCCUCCCCCUUCUGGCGCCGGCGAAUCAGAAACCAAAGCAGCUACAUAGAGAGUGUUAGAGAGGGAGAGAGAGAUGCAGAGACUGAAAGGUGGAUUGAUGAGAACAGCAAAACAGUACUGCUUGAAUAGAAAUGGGAUGCACUGUAAUCCCCACGACCACCGGAGCUUCUCUGCUCUCCCUAACUACGCCGCCGUAAACGAUGCUGAUCCCGAAGACCAGGUUUUGGUGGAAGGAAGAGCAAAAUCAAGAGCUGCAAUCCUCAGCAGACCCGACACUCUCAAUGCACUUACUGCUCCCAUGGUGGGUCGGCUCAAGAGAUUGUACGAGUCGUGGGAAGAAAACCCAAGUAUUGGGUUUGUGUUAAUGAAGGGUGGUGGCGGCAAGGCCUUCUGUUCCGGUGCUGAUGUUGUUUCCCUAAGCCAGAUGGUUGAUGAUGGGAACAUUGAAGACUGCAAACGAUAUUUUGAGACGUUGUACAAGUUUGUCUACCUACAAGCAACAUAUUUGAAACCACAUGUAGCUAUUUUGGACGGAUUCACUAUGGGAUGUGGAGCUGGAAUUUCAAUUCCCGGAAUGUUUCGCUUGGUCACUGACAAAACUAUUUUUGCUAAUCCCGAGGCUAAAAUGGGAUUUCAUCCUGACGCAGGAGCUUCGUUCUAUCUAUCUCGCCUGCCGGGUUACCUAGGGGAAUACUUAGCCCUCACUGGAGAUAAGCUUAAUGGGGUGGAAAUGAUAGCGACUGGCCUAGCAACUCAUUAUUCAUUGCAUUCAAAACUUGCUUGGAUUGAAGACCGGCUUGGUAAUUUGAUAACAGAUGACCGUGAUGCCAUUGAAACGUCUCUCGCACAUUAUGGUGUCAUUGUCCAUCCUGACAAGACGAGCGUCCUUCAUAAGAUAGAGAUAAUUGAUAAAUGCUUCUGUCGUGAUACAGUAGAAGAGAUUAUUGAUGCCCUGGAAAAUGAGGUGAAGACCUCUUACAGUGAAUGGGUUAAGGUAGCUCUUAACAGAAUGAAAGAAGCUUCUCCACUGAGCUUAAAGGUUACCUUACAAUCUAUACGAGAAGGUAGAUUCCAGUCUCUUGAUCAAUGCCUCUCUCGUGAGUAUCGGAUGUCAAUAGCAGGGAUCUCAAAAAGAGUUUCCAAUGACUUCUUUGAGGGUGUCCGAGCUCGGUUAGUGGACAAGGACUUUGCUCCAAAGUGGGAUCCUCCAACAUUAGCGGAUGUGAGUACAGACAUGGUGAACAGCUACUUCUCACGGCUUGAUGAAUUCGAGCCUGAGCUGGAGCUCCCAACAGCAACCCGCGAGCCAUACAUCUGACUAUCUGAGAAAGGGGAUUCUUUCUAAGGAAAAGACAGCACAUCAGACAUCGACCUUAUUCUUCGACGAAAAAUGCUUGUUGAUGUUGUAGAACCAUUUUAUGUAUAAUUUACUUUCAGGCCUGGAACGUGAUCCUAUGGCCUGGUAUCGAACUUCUUAGAGAGUGGUAUAAGAUCCAACAUAAUCUUCUCCUAACAACUCGAGUUAUUGGGAUCAACUAGUUUAUGACAUGGUAUCAGAGCCUAGAAUCAAAAGGUCAUGUGUUCGAAUCUCCACGACCCCCAAUAUUAACCGUUGAUGGGCAUGGUAUAAGAUCCAACAUAAUCUUCUCUCAACAACUCGAUUUAUUGGGACCAACUCUGGCUCAUGACACAAAUUAUUGGUGUCCUCCUUGAGGCGCCUCGAGUCUCUAGACUUGAGGCACAAAAAUAAACCGCCCAUCUAAGCAUAAGAUUUAACAGUGUACUUAUUGCUUAGUCGCAUGGAUAAUCAGGCAGGACAAUAAGGCAGUAUAUAGGUGAUUAUUGAUUAUGAAGCAUGCAAGAAAGUCAGUUAUCUAAGGAGUCAUAUUACUAUUUUCUACCCACCAUACUUGGUUAACUUGGAAGAGUCCACAAAUAGGGACGUAAAUGUUGAAAAACUAUAGUACAGGGAUGAAAAUAAACAUCAAUUUUAUUU